UCCGUUUUCUAAUGCUUGUUUUUGUUAAAUUCAUGUGAAUGACACUUACAACUUCCGGUUCACCAGUGCCGUGAAUUAUUUGUUGUUGUUUAGAAGCAAGCACCUUAGUGUGUCAUUCUUCGCUGUGGUCCAACCUCAACCAGGGCCCCUCUGUUCUAAUCACACAGGCCUCUGGAGAGCUGGGAGCAUUAAGCAGUCUGCCAUGCACCUCUGGAAAAUGGAGGUAACCUCUGACAGGACUGUAUGAGGAGGCCUCCGUGUUUCUUUAGAAGCAGAGAAGACCACCGCUGCUAUUUGAAGCCAUGGAGAAGAUGUCUCGGGUCACUACGGCCCUAGGCAGCAGCACCAUCAGCGGGCGCACCAUGUUCUGCCACCUGGACGCGCCCGCCAAUGCAAUCAGUGUGUGCCGCGAUGCCACGCAGGUGGUGGUGGCCGGCCGCAAUAUCUUCAAGAUCUACGGCCUGGAGGAGGAGCAGUUUGUGGAGAAGCUCAACCUGCGCGUGGGACGCAAGCCCUCGCUCAACUUCAGCUGCGCCGACGUCAUGUGGCACCAGAUGGAGGAAAACCUGCUGGCCACAGCUGCCACCAACGGGGCAGUAGUCACCUGGAACCUGGGCAAACCGUCGCGCAACAAGCAGGACCAGCUGUUCACCGAGCACAAGCGCACAGUCAAUAAGGUGUGCUUCCACCCCACCGAAGUCUACAUGCUGCUUAGUGGCUCCCAGGACGGCUACAUGAAGUGCUUCGACCUGCGCAAGAAAGAGUCUGUCAGCACCUUCUCAGGUCAGUCAGAGAGUGUAAGAGAUGUUCAGUUCAGCAUGAAGGAUUACUUUACUUUCGCUGCUUCCUUUGAGAAUGGUAAUGUCCAGCUGUGGGACAUACGGAGGCCAGACCGGUAUGAGAGGAUGUUCACAGCCCACACCGGACCUGUGUUUUGCUGUGACUGGCACCCCGAUGACAGGGGCUGGCUGGCCACUGGUGGCCGGGACAAGAUGGUGAAGGUGUGGGACAUGACCACCAACCGGGCCAAGGAGAUCUAUUGCGUCCAGACUAUUGCCUCGGUGGCCCGGGUCAAGUGGCGUCCUGAGAGGAAGUGGCACCUGGCCACCUGCUCCAUGAUGGUGGACCACAACAUCUAUGUGUGGGACAUCCGGAGGCCCUUCAUCCCCUUUGCCACCUUCGAGGAGCACAAGGACGUGACCACAGGUAUUGUGUGGCGCCACCAGCACGACCCCUACUUCCUAUUGUCAGGUUCCAAGGACAGCACGCUCUACCAGCACAUGUUCAAGGAUGCCAGCCGGCCCGUGGACCGGGCCAACCCUGAGGGACUGUGCUUCGGCCUGUUUGGCGACCUUGCCUUCGCUGCCAAGGAGAGCCUCAUCAGUGGCGACGCCAACAGGAAGCCGUACCCGGGUGGUGACCGCCGCUAUCCCAUCUUCUUCUUCAAAAAGCCCGACCUGACGGAGCAGUUUGCCCACGUGUCCAGCGCCCUCAGCGUGUUUGAGUCGUCUUUGGAGAGCAAGCGCAUGGACUGGUUUGUCAAGACGGCACGCCUCUACCUCCUCAGCGGCAAACCCUUUGCCGAGCUGUGUGACCACAAUGCCAAGGUGGCCAAGGAGCUCAACAGACCUCAGGUUUCCACUACAUGGACGAUGCUUCGGAUCAUGUUCUCAGACCCAGCGAACCUCUCAACGCCGGGUCCAAAUCACAUUGGCAAAUUGGGCACCCUUCCUUUAAUGAACAGUUUCAGUAUGAAGGAGAUGGGCAUGGGGACGGAGAGCAGGCUGGACCGCAGUAAAGGAGAGAGCAGACAGGACAAUAUUCACCUAGACCUUGGGAACUCGCUAAUCAACAGCAACAAUGACGAGAAUGAAGAGACCGAGGGAAGUGAGGGCCAGGCGGAGUACAUGUUUGGUGAUGCUGAGCUGGACGACGAUGACCUCUACUCAAUGGAGCACGACAACCAGGCCGCAGAGGAGCAGGAGUACACGCUCCCCCAGGAGGCCUUCCCACUGCGCCACGAGAUCAUGGACAACCCGUUGGCGCCGGAGCACCUGCAGCAGGACAAGGCCGACUCGCCGCAAGCCAGCGGCAACGAGGCAGAGGUCAUGUGCUUGACGCCCAUCGAGUCCUUCUCCCUGAUCUCAAUCUCCCAGCCACUGUUCAGCCCCCAUCUUCCUGCCCCCUUCUUCUGCCCUGUGGUCAGGGAGAUGCUGAGCCAUUAUGCCGAGCAGGGCGACGUGCAGAUGGCGGUCUCGGUGCUCAUCGUCCUGGGAGACCGCAUCCGCAAGGAGAUCGACGACCUCACUCAGGAGCACUGGUACAUGUCCUACAUUGACUUGCUGCAGCGUUUCGAGCUGUGGAACGUGUCCAACGAGGUCAUCAAGCUGAGCACUUGCAGCGCCAUCACCUGUCUGAACCAGACAUCCACCACUCUGCAUGUCAACUGCAGCAACUGCAAGCGGCCCAUGAGCAACAGGGGCUGGAUCUGUGACAGAUGCCACCAGUGUGCCAGCGUUUGUGCCGUGUGCCACCACGUGGUGAAGGGGCUGUUCGUGUGGUGCCAGGGCUGCAGUCACGGCGGGCACUUGGAGCACGUGAAGAACUGGCUAAAGAGCAGUUCCCACUGCCCGGCUGGCUGCGGUCACCUGUGUGAGUACACCUGACCCUCCGCUCCACCCCUGCCCAGCUUGCUCUCUGUGUGAGGGGGAGCACCACACCUCAGUGCCUGGCUCACCAUGGCCUGGGUCUCACACUCCAGGCUGGCGUCUCCUGAGACUGGGGUCCACAAGGGUCUGGCCAUGGUAGCAAGAUGGCUACUAUUGGAAGACAGGUGGGUAAGACUGGAGACCAAUCCACAGAACCAGUCUGAGAGGAGGACAUGUAUGUACCGUAUGGAGCACUGUUAAAAGUUUGAUGGGCCCCUGCCCUACUCAGUGCUCACCUUGGCAAUGACCGAAACUUGAAGUUAUGUGAAAACAAUCAUUUGUGAAUAUAUAUAUAUAUGCUGAGAGAGCCUUUAUUUUUUAUUUCUUCAAUGGCUUGCUCAGGUGGCCUUGUCUCUCACACACAGUUGGGCAGACCUCUAUGUUCAGCACAGUGUUUUCUAUGGCAAUAAAACAUUAAAACUUAAAAAUUGGGCGUGCAAAAUUAUUCAGCCCCUUUACUUUCAGUGCAGCAAACUCUCUCUAGAAGUUCAGUGAGGAUCUCUGAAUGAUCCAAUGUUGACCUAAAAUGACUAAUGAUCAUAAAUACAAUCCACCUGUGUGUAAUCAAGUCUCCGUAUAAAUGCACCUGCACUGUGAUAGUCUCAGAGGUCUGUUAAAAGCGCAGAGAGCAUCAUGAAGAACAAGGAACACACCAGGCAGGUCCGAGAUACUGUUGUGAAGAAGUUUAAAGCCGGAUUUGGAUACAAAAAGAUUUCCCAAGCUUUAAACAUCCAAAGGAGCACUGUGCAAGCGAUAAUAUUGAAAUGGAAGGAGUAUCAGACCACUGCAAAUCUACUAAGACCUGGCCGUCCCUCUAAACUUUCAGCUCAUACAAGGAGAAGACUGAUCAGAGAUGCAGCCAAGAGGCCCAUGAUCACUCUGGAUGAACUGCAGAGAUCUACAGCUGAGGUGGGAGACUCUGUCCAUAGGACAACAAUCAGUCGUAUAUUGCACAAAUCUGGCCUUUAUGGAAGAGUGGCAAGAAGAAAGCCAUUUCUUAAAGAUAUCCAUAAAAAGUGUCGUUUAAAGUUUGCCACAAGCCACCUGGAAGACACACCAAACAUGUGGAAGAAGGUGCUCUGGUCAGAUGAAACCAAAAUCGAACUUUUUGGCAACAAUGCAAAAUGUUAUGUUUGGCGUAAAAGCAACACAGCUCAUCACCCUGAACACACCAUCCCCACUGUCAAACAUGGUGGUGGCAGCAUCAUGGUUUGGGCCUGCUUUUCUUCAGCAGGGACAGGGAAGAUGGUUAAAAUUGAUGGGAAGAUGGAUCAUUCUGGAACCAUUCUGGAAGACUCCUGAUGGAGUCUGCAAAAGACCUGAGACUGGGACGGAGAUUUGUCUUCCAACAAGACAAUGAUCCAAAACAUAAAGCAAAAUCUACAAUGGAAUGGUUCAAAAAUAAACAUAUCCAGGUGUUAGAAUGGCCAAGUCAAAGUCCAGACCUGAAUCCAAUUGAGAAUCUGUGGAAAGAACUGAAAACUGCUGUUCACAAAUGCUCUCCAUCCAACCUCACUGAGCUCGAGCUGUUUUGCAAGGAGGAAUGGGAAAAAAUUCAGUCUCUCGAUGUGCAAAACUGAUAGAGACAUACCCCAAGCGACUUACAGCUGUAAUCGCAGCAAAAGGUGGCGCUACAAAGUAUUAACUUAAGGGGGCUGAAUAAUUUAGCACGCCCAAUUUCUCAGUUUUUGAUUUGUUAAAAAAGUUUGAAAUAUCCAAUAAAUGUCGUUCCACUUCA